UUUCUGUGGUAAAGGAUCAGAAACUUUCCAAGUGCUUGACCGGUAAAGUUAGCCUCGGGGUUCCCCGUUCCCAAGGAUAAAAUAAACUUUCUGGCAGUACAUUAAGUAUUUUUUUUGAAGUUUCAGCCUGGAAUUCGGUCAUAUUGCAAGAAGUGCUACCUGGAGACAGACAGAGAGUGAGUUGUUGGAAAGGCUCCAGUUGGGAGUGAAAGAGGGAGGGAUUUGAUUUCUCUUUCUGUUUCCCGAGUUUGGGGAGUGUUUGCCAUUAAAGGCAGAUCCGGGGAGAGGAUGGAGCGAUCGAUGUUACUGCUGCUGCUUCUGGUGGUCAAUUGGGGACUGAUUUCAGGACGGGUUGUGAAAGUCCCAUCGGGCCCUCUGUACCGUAUUGUUGGAACUCCAGUCAGCAUUCCCUGUAACGUCAGUGAUUAUCAAGGGCCUGCUGAACAGAACUUUGACUGGUCUGUGACCCAUGCAAACAAGCACUUUAGGAUUGUCAGCACGUUGGAACCUGAAUUUUCAGAUGCUGAAUACAAGGAGAAAAUCCAGAAGAAGGAAGUUUGGGUGGAGAGAAUUAAUGGCUACUCUGUUGAGCUGCACUUCAAAAGCGUUAAAUUUGAGGAUGAUGGGAGAUAUCAGUGCCAGACGCCUAGCACAGAUGAAAAUAGUUCUGGAAAUUAUGAUGACAGUGUGUUCUUGCAGGUGAUCCCAGAUGGGCUGAGUGUAUCACCUAGAAAGUCCCGAAGCACAGUGCCUGUAACUUACUUAGAAGGGAAACCACUGGAACUUCAGUGUGUCGCAAGGACAACUUCAUCUGUUUCCACUCACCUCUCUGUCACGUGGCAGUUAAAAGCAAACAGCAAUAAGAGUGAGAAUCUUCUGUCAUUCACUGAAGACAGUUGGAUUCAGCCUGGUGAUUUGUACAAGGAAAGGUAUCAGAAUGGAGAUAUUAGAAUGGGAUUGGAAACAAAUGGUCUCUUCAAGUUAAUCCUAACCAGUUUGCGACCUGAGGAUGAGGGUGUUUACUCUUGCAUGGCAGCAGAAUGGGUCAAAGAAGAUGGCUCCAACUGGAAACUGAUUCAAGAAAAAACUACAGACAUUGCAGUGAUUGAAGUGCAGCAGUUGGCCCAGACACUAAAUGUCUCUGCGAUCGGCCAGAAACUCACCUUGAAUAAAGGUGAUGAAAUUGAUCUCAUCUGCAACGUAACAGGAGUUGAAGACACACUGACAGUUGAAGUUUUCUGGUAUUUCAGCACAUCUGCAGCAAUGCAUCCUCCAAGUGAUAAGGUCCUAGUGAGCUUGAACCGGGCAGCAGUGGUGAGCGGUACUGAUUUUGUCACAUUGACCAAGAUUAGUAGCAGUGAAUACCGACUGAGAGUGCAACAAAUUGAUGAAACAGACAGUGGAUAUUACUACUGUACAGCCUCGGUCUGGGUGCCAUAUACCAGUGAGAGCUGGCACAAAGCAGCAGAGGGAACAUCCCAUCCAAUUGGUGUCAAUAUUGAUAUUUUAGAUCCUACAUACACUGUUCAGUUAAAAUCCAUCAAGGUACCUAGCUCCACGGGAGAGUCAGCUGAGCUUGAGUGCCGGGUGUUGGACUUGCAAAAUGCAGAUGACACAAAACUGACUGUAGCCUGGUAUGUCAGCCCAAAACAGCUGAUUGGAACUUCUGAAGUGACAGUGCCUAUAGCAACAAUGGAUCCAGAUUGGACACUACAGUUGUUUGAUGAAUAUGUUGAGCGUGCAGGAAAGGGAGAGAUCAUUUUUAUGAAGUCUGAACUACAUACUUUCAAGUUUCAGGUGCAGCAGGCUUUACCCUCUGAUAGAGGAAAGUAUUUUUGCAAUGUUACUGCCCAGAUUAAACAACGAGGUAACACAUGGUUAAAAAAACAAGAAGUCUCUUCACUUGCCAUUGAUAUUGACUGGAAAACCGAAGAUCCAAGCCUAAGUAUUACAGCAAUAGAGGAGAAACCAGUAUCCACACGAGGCAACACUUUUGAGAUGAUCUGUAGAGUUUCUGCAGAGCAUGUUGAAGUUCCUCAUUACUCUGUGGCUAUAGCAAUGAAUGAUCCAACCUUUAUGGGGACACAACACAGUAAAAAACUUAUUUCAUUGACUCGGGACUCGGUGGUCAAAUUGGAGAGAUGGGAUGACAAGGACCGAUCAGAAGAUGUUGUUUUGGAAAAAGUUGGCGAUGAUGAGUUCCGUUUCCGUCUGUAUAGGACUCAGUUUUCCGAUGAGGGAUCGUAUUAUUGUAUUGUCCAAGCUUGGGCUCCAGAUACAAAUGGACAGUGGUCUGAAAUAGUUACAAAUUCAUCCAACACUGUUGUUGUCACCUUUAAAACAGCGGCCCCUCAAUUUAAUGUGACUUUACAAUCUGAGAAGCCUCAUGUAAUCCAAGGCGAGACUAUGGAAAUGACUUGCGCUGUUGAUCUAUCGGACAUACCUAACAACUCAGAUGUCCUGUAUGAAGUGGAAUGGCUUGUGACCCAACAGUUCUCCAAUGACACCAGGGAACGUCCUCUGCUGUUGAUAGAUCAAAGGUCAGUGGUGACGCAUCUGAAAGCCAAUAGUGAUAUCAGCGUUGAACGAAUCAGCAUGCACGAAUUCCGUCUACGACUUCAUUGUUCUGAGAAGACUGUUGCUGGGGAUUAUUUCUGCAAAGUCACACCUUGGGUGAAAUCAGAGACUGGGACAUGGCAGAAAAUGCCUCCACAGCGUUCUGAUUCUCUUUCUGUACGCAUUGAUAUUUCAGUGCUAGAUUCCUUCAAAAUGCCUUUGAUAUAUGGAAUUGGUGUUGCCAUAUUAAUUGGAAUUCUCGCCUGUGCAAUUGGUUACUGUUCAUCUCGAUACUGCUGUGGGGAGAGAAUAACACCAAGAUAUGAACAACACAGAUUGAUAUCAAUGGCCACCGACUGAGACAACAAUCUCUUGCAGGGGUGCAGGAGUGACCAUUGGAUGAACUAGUUAAGUUCUGCAAUUUUGGGGAGAAGAAAAACAGAUGUUAAGGAAGUGUUUUGUUUUAAGAAUGUUAACAUGUGCAAUGAUUGUAAUUUCUUUUUAAAAGCCAUUUUCAGAUAUUCAAGUGGGGUACAAACACUCUUUGGGAAUGUCACUGUGUGAUUUUGUUAAUUAUUUGUUAGCGGAGUGAGUGAUAUUGUGGAGAUACUGCCAGUGUUCCUCAACAUCUGCCCAUCUCUAUUGAUAGAGAAGAUCUAACUCGAGCUGCAUUUCCUUGGUUUCUGCUGGUCAGUUACCAUUGCUGUGGUUUCAGAUUAUUGAUCAAUUUGGUAUUGAACAUUAUUGUCUUGAAUGGGAGUUUGUAAUUUGGAACCUGCAUUCACAUUACAGUGAAAUGUUGAAUCAAGCAGACAGCCAAGCUUUACCAGUUUUUUUUUUAAAUGCCUGAAGCCAAUAAAAUAAACAAUGUCAAUGCUAUUCUGCAACAGUCUUUCAUUCUGAUGGAAGACUGGCUUGAAACGGAGACCAGUGCCAGGGGCUAAAAUGGGCUGCAGCACAAGUUUCCUUUGGGAGUGUUUUAAAGGGAGAGGCAGUAGUUCUGUUAUUAUACAAUGUAUUUUCAAGACAUCAUUGAGAGAGAACAAUUGUGCAAUUGUUUAUUGCUGUUUUUGAACAUGCACAAGUUGGAAAUUUACCCAAGUGGAUAUUGAUCUUACCAUGGUUAACUCCAGUAGAGUGCAUUUCCGUCUAAUCUUGAUGUGAAAAAUCUACAUUGAGAUCAGUAUAGUUUUCUGUUUAAACUUAUUGCAAUUAAUGCAGCUUUAAACAAAGUCUAAGUUGUUGACUGCUGGUUUGACACUCAUGCAGGUAGGUUGGGGAAGUAGUUCAGUGUGGGAUGAUAUUGUUCAAUAAACCACAUUCUAUAUUUGCUGCAUAUGACAACUUUUGUACCUUUUUUUUGCCUUUUUUCAAAGAGAAUUCAGAUGCUGAAAAGCCUUGUUUCUGAUCAGAUCCUGAGACAUUGAAUGUAGUGUAUUUAUCUGGGUAAAGCUAGUGCCGUGGAAGACCAUUUUCUCUCUAGUUAAGUGCUACUACCAACAGAACCUUCCAGAUUUCCUCCUUCUGUUUUGUGUGCUGAGCGGGAAAUCAGUUCACAAACUGUACAGUGUUUCCCUGCUGUAUAACUCAGCUCAAUUUGGUGCUGUGUGGUGGAAAAUUGAAAUUGAGUGGAGAGGCCGAUUUGCUGUAUAUCUGUCCCUGUUAGCACCACUGAGGAUUUUCCUGGGGUCUAGCUGGUCCUUCUUCACUUCAUGUUAAUGAUGGAAGUGAAUGAUGUUCAGGAAAUGUACUCCAUUUUAUUGCAUUCUGCCACUAUUGAUGCUGAUUUUAAUGACUCUUUUUAAGAGGGAUCACUGUUAAUUCACUGGCAGCAUUGCAAGGCCCAUUGGAACUGCUCCAGGAGGGAGUAAACCCACUAAAAGAAGCCUCUCCUUCCUGUUAGGUCCAUAAUCUUGCUGACUGUGGUAUUACUGGAUCAUCGUUCCCUCUGAGCAGUGGCUGGUUCCCCCUGUCUGGCAGGAACUUUGCUCUGCAUCACUAAACAGAACAAUCCCUCUGAGGUAAGAGUCUGGCCUUAACAGGCGAUGAUCCUACCUAUCCUGAAGGAGAAUCCAGACCUGACCUUUUCAUGUUUGUGGAGCAGUAUGCUGGCCACGCACUGUUGGCCCCUCUUGCAGAUAAAAGAAGCAUAUUUGCUAAUGGCGUCAUAAGUAGGCAACUGUCAAGUAUAAAAUGGUUCUUAUGUCUCCACACUUUAAGAAGAGCAUUAACUUCUAUUUGAAGUGUGCACAAUGUUCUGCACAAGUAAGUGAACAAAUAGUGCCAAUAUCAUUUGGUGGAAAUUACUACUGUAACACAACAGAUUCUUUUAAACUGUUUAAUUGAGUGACUGAGGAUUUAUAAUUAGUGUUUUUCAUAUAGCAUUUAAACUUAACUUUAACUUGAAUCCAUAACCACUGCCUCAGCUCUAGUUGUUCCCUUAUUAGAAUUGUUCUUUUAAACUCCAGGGAAUUGUACCUUCCUUCCUAAAAGUUCAUGAAAGUGUGUAUGUAUACUUGUGGAAGCAAUGCUGUUACUGAUGUUCUGUGUAUUCAGAUUUUUUGUUUUUACUUCAGAUUUCCAAAUUGUGCAACUUUUGUAUUUUGUCAGUUAUCAAUAUGAAUAAAUCAGCUGCUCUUCUUGAAACAUACCACUUUUAAAAUGAACCUCUGAAGAAUUCUGAAUGCACUAGAGCCAAGAUCCAGGACAGGUGUUUGAAACAGUGAUAUUUCCUUUUACUUUUUUUUAUAUAUAAAAUCUGAAACUGCAGUCAUUUUUUAAGUGGUCUUUACAUUGAAUUCUGUACAAUGUCAGCAGCAAAGAUGUCUUUAUUUCUACCAUCUUUCUUUCGAGGAGCAAUAUUCUAAUUCCUUAAGUGGAUCUGUUUUCAAAAUCGAGCUUACUUCAGAAAGAGAUUGCAUCUUCCAGGGUGGUGAAUGUUGAGUGGAUGGGAAUGUGUUAAUCCAGUUGAACCAUCUGUUUCAUUUUUAUUCUGCACUUCAGAUGCCACUUAAUCUUUGAUUUGUUACAUACCAAAUAGUGGUAGGUAGUUGUGCUUAAAAAAUCUACUUGGAAACUUUUUUUGUUGUCAAAGUAUUGAGUACACUAGAGAGGUACACAGCCACUAUAAAUCUGGCUAUGUUUCCAAAACAAAAAUGAUCCGUGCUAUGCCCACUCAUGUACAUGUUUCUGAUUUAAACUGCUUAAUUUUCAUCUUAAAAUCACCUCCUUUCCACCCCCACCCCUAUGCCUAGACUUUGCUGCAUGAAUUCGUGUCGACAAUUCCUGUGCAGCUUGGAAGUAGGUAGGAUGUACACCAUCACAUUCUAGUGUUCAGUUACAAAAAAACAUUAAUUUUCCUGUAUUAUUUCUUGAGCUAUUCUUUGGUUUUCAACAGGUUAGUACCAUGAUGUGGCAAGUCCUUUAAAGACUAUGUUAGUCUUCAAGAUUUCCUACAUGUCAUUGCUUUUUUAUUCACGUAUGGGUUAACCAAAAUUACCAGUAACUUCAAAAUGGUUAAAGUAAAAUUCUUAGGUGCAUUUCAAGUUUUCUUUUAAUUAUUUGAAUGUCUGUAAAUUUUCAGCUGACUCUUACAGCUGUACUGUACAUAAAA